AAUCAAAACAAAAAGAAAACAUAACCUGUAAAGUUCAUGGUGAAAAUAAUGAUCAUUUAUAAUCUUUUACUUAAUAAUAACUAAUUAUUAUUAAGAAUGGCAGACACAUUGAAAUUAAAUUUACUAUUCGGAGGUGGUGCUGAGUUGUUGUUUGACAAAAUAAAAAAGCGGGAAAUUGAGUUACCAGCAUUGAAAAAGUGCUAUCCAGAUUGCCAGAGUGAAAAAUGGACUAUUAAAGAGUUAUUAGUCUGGUUGAAAGAUAAUUUAUUGAGAGAGAGACCGGAGCUUUUUGUGCAGGGUGAAUCUGUGCGGCCCGGCAUCCUAGUAUUAAUAAAUGACGCAGAUUGGGAACUGUAUGGCGAGUUAAAUUAUGAACUGCAAGAUAACGACAAUAUUAUGUUUAUAUCGACUUUACACGGUGGUUAAAUAAAGUAUUUUAAAAUAAGUAUUUUCUCAUACUUUUUGUUUUUAAUUUACAGCGCCAUCUCGUUAAAUAUUUAUGUACUUCAAAGUGUCAUUUUCAACUGCUAGAUGGCGUUGUAUACAAAAUAAUUUUGUCGAAAUUGACGUGUAAAAGUUUUGUAAAUAUUAUA